GCCAGGUGUGAAGCAGGUGUGCAUCUUCUUCAGGUGUGCUUCUGAAAGUCUUCGUAAAUUCUAACCACCACCACCACCACCCCUGUUAUUGCUUCUGGGGCGUUCAUAAGACUCCUGCUGAAGAUGAGGCUCCUAACAGCAUCUUUCUACCUGCUGGCGAUGCAAUUAGUCCUCCUGCAGGUGGUGGAGACGCAGAUCAGAGAGAACGUGAGUGAGAUCGCGCCCUACACCGUCGUCAAGGAGGCCCAGACUUACGAGGAGCGCUCCUACCCUUCGGCACACUGGAUUUGUCACAACGCCACCCUUCAGGACCCCAGCAUGAGCGUUGACUCCUUCUGGCCUCUCUUCGGCUACAUCUCAGGAGCAAACAUCGAUGGCGUGUCCAUCCCCAUGACCGCCCCAGUCACGGUGAGGGCAGAGGAGGAUAAGCAGACAGGGAGUUGGAACACCAAGAUGUGCUUCUACCUGCCGGAAGCCCACCAGGAGAACCCGCCGAUUCCCUACAACGAAGAUUUGCAGCUGGUGAUGAGGAACGCCAUGAACGUUUUCGCCAGACGCAUAGGAGGCAACCUGACGACUGAAGAGUGGGCAACCUUCGCUAAUGACCUCAAGACCACUCUGGCCACUGAGGAGCCAACAGCUGACCUCUCCGCCUACUACAUUGUUGGUUAUGACUCCCCCAGCAAGGCCACUGACCGCAGGAACGAGGUGUGGUUUAAGAAGACGUGAAGGAACUCAUUAACCUAACCUAACCUAACCUAACCAAACCUAGUAAUAUUUUCCACAAGAACUACAAACACUCACUAUAAAUGUGUUUCUCCCUGUUGCUUGUCGUUCUUCUGAUUUAUUAUUCACUAUUAUGUCAACUGAUGUCACACUCUCUGCCAUGUUUUUUUUCUUUGUGUUUGUUUUGAUUGAAUAAAUAAAAGUUUGAUUAAU